AUGUCAAAAAAGCUACCCAGGAGAAAACCCCCACCAUUGGAAACAAAUGAUUCGACAAACGAUAGUAGCUUUAACGGGCCCAACUUUGCGCUAUAUCCAGAGCUGAACCAGUUUGCAAGCUCAAUGCACACGCAGCAUGUCAAUUAUAGAACUAAUGAUGUAGAUUCUUCAGUGUUUACUCCCACCGAGCAACUACACAAUUCAUCGGAGAUUUCCUUUGAUGAAUCGUUUACUUCAUUUGAUUCACCAAAACCAAAAGGACCAAAGGAGAUUUGGGAGUAUGAGGACGUCAACACGCCGCCAAAGGGUAUCUAUUCUCCGCCAUCAAGACCCACACAUGCUAGUAUACAAAUCAGUCGUAUUCUCCCGCAACGAAGCUACCAACAGAUGUCAAGGUCGCAAUCGAACCCGAGUGUGAUGAAGCACACAUCUUUUGAUUCUUCUUCCUAUUCUGUGCUGGCGGAGACUGAAACUCAAGAUAGAAUACCGCCAUACCCUACGCGGCAGAUUGAGGACUUUCUAGACGAUGAUUUUGAUAGCAGUUUCGCUUUCGAUAUUGAUUCUCCGUCACAACGAAGAACACGGGCUAUUAUAGAGGAGACAGUUAAUACAAAUUCGCCAAAAAUGGAUGAUGUUCCAAAUUUGAGCACAAGGAGCUCGCAAUCGACAAUUCCCAUUCGUCAAAGGCAGAGUAUAGACUCUUCAUACAUGGAUCUGGAAGGAUCGUCACCCACAUACACACCUAAUCGGAGACUAUCCAUGUAUUCAUAUUCACAAAGUCGAUCUCCAUCGCCGAAAAGGACUAAUCAGAGCGGUUACUUCGAUAAGCCUAUUCUCAUGUUGAAUGAUCAUAUUGAAACCAUUGAUGAACCUCAAGAUUCGAUGUUUUCUAAGUAUCAUCCUGGGUCACCGUAUAGAGUUGUUUCUGAUAACCCAUUCUACGACGAGGAGGAGGUUCACAAUUAUGAAUCACCAGUAACCGAUUACUUUGACUAUUCAAUUUUGCCUGAACUACCACCAAGUCGCGAUAUUAGCUCAACGAGUACUGCCCCUCCACUACCCUCAGGUCCACCACCACCACUUCCCAAGAAAUUACAAGAAUUGCCGCCUCUUCCUUUGGAUCUUCCGCAACUUCCAUUUAGCUCCUCGGCAUUACAAGCACAACAUUUUGAGAUUUGCUCCAACGUGUGGUCAUUAUCAGAAUUAUUCCAGUGGUGUUGCAAGUUGCAAAUUUGGUUGAGUGAUCUGACAAUAUCGAAACAAGAGUUGGUAAAGGCAAUCACAAGGUUGAUUGCGUUUCAUAAAAGUGAUGUGUCUCUUGAUGUUGUGAUGCAUAACUCACAAACAGCUUUUAACUCAUUCUUGCUGGCUCAAGCAAUUGAGGUAAUGGAGCUACAUCGGCCAAAUACUAAUGGAUAUCGAAGUGUUGUAAUUUUCAAUGAUAAAGUAUAUGUGAAUGGUGUACUCCCUGAACUCCUGCGGUGUUAUACUACUAUUCACCAAACCAGAGAUGAAGAGAUGACAUGCUAUUCAACGAUUUGCCCUUUUAGUCGAAUGAUGAAUCUUGAGCGAAAGAUGAGAAGUAUGGACAUUAAGGAUAUAGUCUUGGCCACUGAUUGGGCCACCCAUUGGCGGUUGACUGUUGAUGACUUACGUGAUUUGGACACCAAUAUGAUCAAGCGCCAAUCAUUAAUCUUUGACUUGUUGAGGUACGAACAAACCUUUAUACAAAGGGCUCGAUGUUUUGUUGAUGUUGUUGGGCCGCUGUUUGUUAAAGCUGCAAAGGGAUUCUUGGGACUGAAUAGCUCUAAAAUCAAAGUGUUUGAAGAGGAGGUUAUCAAGACGGGGUUUUCCAUUGUUGAGAUACAUCAGAACCAGUUGUUUGAACCGUUAUUGAAGGUACUCAUCUCUGAAGGCAAAUUUAUCAAAAAUGUAAUUGAAAUUGUCAAUAUUUACACCGAUUGGGCCAAGGAAGUGCGUCCUUACUUGGUUACCUAUAUGAACAAUAUGCCAAUGAUUGAGGAGCUAUUGGGUAUUCCCAGCUUGAAAACGUAUGUUGAUCAACGUAUUGGUCAAUUACCACGGGUGAAAGAGUUGAAGGUCAAUGUGCCGAUCUUGUUUAUAAGUACAUUCAAUUCGAGAUACCAGCAAAUACCACUACAAUUAUUAGACAUCCAAAAAAGGUUUAAUGAGCAAGAACCAGAAUAUUUUCUAUUAAAACAAGCAAGUGAUGAAAUUAAAAAGUUAGGGUCAAAAAUUAACGAUUCAAAAAAACUUGCCGAUAAUGUCCAUGCUCUUGACCAAUUGAAAACACAAUUAUAUUGGAAAUCUAGUCUCCGUCAGAGGAAUUUAAACCUAGGGUCAAUCAACCGAAAACUCAUUUGCCGAGGCGAUCUCACUAGACGCAGUGACCUAAAGAUUACUUCACAGGUGAUGCACGUUAUUCUCUUGGAUAAUGCCAUUCUCAUUACUGAACGAUUAAAAACCCCCAAAUCAAACGGAAACCAGUACAAGAUCUGCGAAGAUCCUAUACCGAUUGAUUUUCUAUCAUUUGAAGACCGUGUAAUUCCACCAUCAACAAUAAAGCUCUCAUCAUCGCCAAUUACCAAAACUGCCCAUCCAGAGGAAGAGGAUUCAAAGUUUGGUGUUAAAUUGCGUUAUGCUGGAAGACCCAGGCAUUCGUAUCUAUUCAUUUGCAAAACCGAGCGGGAAAAGAAUGACUGGAUCAAUUAUUUAAUCGCUGCCAAAGAGAAUAUGAAUAAACGGCUUUCGAGUACAAAAUUGUACCGAGCUAAAGCGAUAUCAAAAACUUGUUUCGCAUAUGAGUUUGGCAAUCGUAUUACAAAGUUGCCUAUUGUUGUGCCGAAUGAUACCAUUUACGAACUAUGCCGGGAGUCGGUGGAGAAAAUGCAAAAGUUGGGAUUGGCUGAUGUCUACAGCACACAAGCACCAAAAAGCAGAGUUGUUCAAAGUUCAGUUCAGUGUUGUGUCACGUUUGAGUACAUGGAUUUGAGAUUCACCUUUGUGGGGUUGCAUUCGGGGUUAUAUUGCUGCGAAUCAAAAAGUCGAUGGAAGAAGAUCCUUAGUGGUGGUGAUUUCAGCAAAAUACAUAUUGAAACUAGUGUUGGAUUGGUGAUUAUUCUAAGUGAUAAAGUUCUACGCUACUACUCUCUUCGACAAAUGCUAGAUGUUUACACCGGAAAGCGGAGAGAGAUUGCUGGUGCUUCUCUCUCGAAAGACCCCGUUUUAUUUUUCUCCAUGAAGAUGCACAAGAAUAUACCCAUGUUGUUUUUUGCGAAAAAAAAGGUAAAUGCCACCUCAUUUAAAGUGCUUAUUCCUGAGAUCGAUAACAAUGGUGUAUUUAGUCGAUUUAAAGAUGAUCGAAAGUUUUACAUUGAGGCUGAGUGUUUUGGUAUUUCCAUAUUCAAUUCAUCAUUUGCAUUACAUACGGACAAGGGUUUUGAGGUUAUGGAAUUGGACAAGUUGAUGCCACGCUCAGUUCCUGAUUUGCCGUUUGAAAUUGAGCGGAGAAAGUUGGACCAGUUUUCACGGAAAACACCGAGCACCAUGCUCGAAACUAUCAAGAAGCUCGUCACUUCAUCAAACUCGAUACCCAUGGGGAUGUUCAAACUAAACAAUAAUAGUGAAUUCCUACUCGUCUAUUCUGAGUUUGCUAUAUUUAUCAACAAACAGGGUAGAUUGUCAAGAGAAACUGCUCUCAUUUUCGACUUUAAGGUACAUUCGAUCCAUUUUGUUGAUAAUCACUUGUUUUUGGUAAGAGAUGAUAUUGUUGAAGUGUUGUCGAUUUCUGAUUUCGCCAAGGGUUCGAAUGAUUUAGUACAGGUUAUCACUGGAAAAGGAAUAUGUUUGGUAUCAAAAGAGAAAGAUGUGAGCUUAGCUAUGGCAAACCCGCUUGUUUCUGGUUUGCAAUUGUUGUUUGAUUUAGUACCUACAUAG